AUGAAGGGUCUCAAGAAGGCAAUGAACCUCUCAAGGUCAAAGUCAGCAGCCGACCCCAACGGCAAGGGUACAACUCCAGCACCACCGCCCAAGGGAGGCUCCGUACCUGCCAACUCGGCCUACACGGGCUCAUUGAAGGCCUCAAGUACCAGUGCAGGCUCAUCUCCGGCAUCGUCUAGCACAUCUCUCGUCGGUAGCGGUGGUGCUGCCAGUGGUAGCAGUGGACCUGGAUCUGGAGCUGGCGCUGGCGUAGCAAUGGGAUCAAGUGCUGGAGGAUCGUCCCGCAGUGGCAGCACGCCGGAGAGAAGAGGAGGCCAAUCGCUGGCGGACAAGACUUCACCGGCCCCACCAGUCGUCGUCGUCUCGUCAGAGAUGCCGUCGGAUCCCAUCCCGCACAACCCGACUCAUCAGUCUCCAUCAUCCCCACCUCCUCCACCGAGUGCCAAUCUCGCAGCAAUGGGCGGCGGGCUGCAUGGUCAGCCAGGUGGAUCGACAAUGGGCCUCCAGACGGCGCCUGGCCUCCAAAUGACAGAGUCGGCUGCUAUUCCCAAGGCUGGCAGCAUCAACAGGCUACGCCAGGGACCCAAGGACACGAUUCCCGUCAACGCCAAGACGCCGCCGAGGAAGCAGCGCAGCUCGAGAUUUCACGUCACGGAAAAGGUCGAGCUCGACAAGCUACCCAACUUCAACGAGGUCGUCCCCGCCGAUCGCCCAGAGCUAUUCGUGCGCAAGCUCAGACAAUGCGGCGUCAUCUUCGACUUCAACGAUGCCAGCUCCGACCUCAAGGGAAAGCAAAUCAAGGCUCAGACUCUCCACGAGAUGCUCGACUACAUCACCAGCCAACGAGGCGUCAUCACCGAGCAAAUAUACCCAGAAGUCGUCCAGAUGUUCUCGACUAAUCUCUUUCGCUCCAUCCCACCGCCAGUCAACCCGGCAGGCGACGCCUUUGAUCCAGAAGAGGACGAGCCUGUACUGGAGCUGGCUUGGCCUCACUUGCAGAUCGUGUACGAGUUCUUCCUCCGCUUCGUCGAGAGUCCAGACUUCAACACCAACAUGGCAAAAAAGUACAUCGACCAGCACUUUGUGCUGCAGCUCCUCGAGCUUUUCGAUAGCGAAGAUCCAAGAGAAAGAGAUUUUCUCAAGACGACGCUGCACCGCAUCUACGGCAAAUUUCUCAAUCUGCGAGCUUUCAUCCGUCGAUCGAUCAACAAUGUCUUCUUCCAAUUCAUAUACGAGACGGAGAGGCAUAACGGCAUCGCGGAGCUCCUCGAGAUUCUCGGAUCGAUUAUCAACGGUUUUGCGCUACCACUCAAGGAAGAGCACAAGACCUUCCUCACUCGCGUCCUCAUCCCGCUGCACAAGGUCAAGAGCCUGGCGCUGUAUCACCCGCAGCUGGCCUACUGCGUCGUCCAGUUCCUGGAGAAGGACUCGUCGCUGACAGAGGAAGUUCUACUCGGCCUGCUCCGCUACUGGCCCAAGGUCAAUUCGCCCAAGGAAGUCAUGUUCCUCAACGAGGUCGAAGAAGUCCUAGACGUUAUUGAGCCCACCGAGUUCCAGAAGAUCGAGGUGCCCCUCUUCCAGCAGAUUCAAAAGUGCAUCAACUCUCAACACUUCCAGGUAGCAGAGCGCGCCCUGUACUUUUGGAACAACGAGUACAUUGUCAAUCUCAUUGGCGAGAAUGUGCAGGUCAUCUUGCCCAUCGUCUUCUCCGCCCUCUAUCAGAACAGCAAGAGCCACUGGAAUCGCACCAUCCACGGGCUGGUGUACAAUGCCCUCAAGCUGUUCAUGGAGAUCAACCCCGCUCUUUUCGAGGCUUGCACCAAUGACUUCAAGCAGCAGAGACAGCUCGAGAGGCAGAAGCUGAGGCAGAGGGACGAGAAUUGGAAGAGGCUGCGAGAGACUGCCCUAGCGCAAUCAAAGGCAAUGGGAGCUCAGCCGCCAAAGACGUUGCUCGAGGACGAAGCUGCCCCGCCGAGGAGCACGGCUGCCAUGGAUGAGGAC